UACUGCCAAAACUAAACGUGUUGCUUAACUGUGGCAAUAAAAGCUUGUCAACACCGUCGUCGUGUCGCAAAAAUAUAAUCUACAAACCCUAACUCUCCACUGGUUCUGCUCUGAAGAUCGCGAUACGGCGGAGCUCCGUUUUCUUAAGAUGGCAAAAGAAGAUGCAAUUGGUGGAGAAGGAACCUCCAAUGGGAUAGUUACCGAUGUACCUGUCACAGUCCAAGAAGUGAGCGAACACGUUGAUGAAUUGACGUUAGCGGAUUCUUCAGAAACUGGUGUACAAGAAGCUGCAAAAAAGAAGAAGAAGAAGAACAAAAGCAAGAAGAAGAAAGAGACAAAGGAGCAAACCGAUCCUCCUACUAUUCCAAUUGCAGACCUUUUCCCUCAGGGAAACUUUCCAGAGGGUGAAAUACAGCAAUAUAAAGAUGACAACUUAUGGAGGACUACAUCUGAGGAGAAGAGGGAUUUGGAGAGAUUAGAAAAGCCCAUGUAUGACUCAAUUCGACAAGCAGCAGAAGUUCAUCGACAGGUUAGGAAAUAUGUUAGGAGCAUUAUAAAACCUGGAAUGUUAAUGGUUGAUCUCUGUGAAACCUUGGAGAAUACUGUUCGUAAGUUAAUUCAAGAAAAUGGUCUACAAGCUGGUAUUGCUUUCCCUACAGGCUGCUCAUUGAACUGGGUUGCAGCCCACUGGACCCCAAACUCUGGAGAUAAAACUGUUCUUCAGUAUGAUGAUGUCAUGAAACUGGAUUUUGGAACUCAUAUUAAUGGACACAUAGUCGACUGUGCAUUCACAGUUGCAUUCAAUCCUAUGUUCGAUCCUUUACUUGAGGCCUCUCGUGAAGCCACAUAUACUGGUAUCAAGGAAGCAGGGAUCGAUGUCCGUCUAUGUGAUAUAGGUGCUGCAAUCCAAGAGGUUAUGGAAUCAUACGAGGUAGAGAUUAAUGGAAAAGUCUUCCAAGUGAAAAGCAUCCGGAAUUUGAAUGGGCACAGCAUUGGGCCCUACCAAAUUCACGCGGGAAAAUCCGUUCCAAUUGUGAAAGGCGGAGAGCAGACAAAGAUGGAAGAGGGGGAAUUUUAUGCGAUUGAAACUUUUGGAUCCACUGGUAAGGGUUACGUGAGAGAAGAUUUGGAGUGCAGCCAUUACAUGAAAAACUUUGAUGUUGGACAUGUUCCAUUACGUUUGCCAAGAGCAAAACAGCUUCUCGCAACAAUUGAUAAGAACUUCUCAACAUUAGCCUUUUGUAGGAGAUAUUUAGAUCGAUUAGGAGAGACUAAAUAUCUAAUGGCUCUCAAGAACUUGUGUGAUGCUGGUGUUAUUCAGCCUUAUCCACCAUUGUGUGACAAUAAGGGUAGUUACGUGUCACAGUUUGAGCACACAAUCUUACUACGUCCCACGUGUAAGGAGGUCAUCUCAAAAGGCACUGAUUACUAACCUUCUUUCAAUGGGAAUGUAACAUAUACAUAAUAUCAGUUUGAAUUUUUAAGGGUGUUUUUUGUUAUUUCUUGAGAAAUAUAAACUUGUUUUGUUGA